UUCUCAGGAUAUGCUUACGCCCCUCAUGUCACCAGCUAUGACACCGUCGUUUCACGGUGGUCAACAAUCCGAAACUACCCAUAUGAUGAGUCGAGAGACACACUUUUCUCCGUUGGCGUCUCCCGCAAUGAUGCCCCAGACUGACGCGACAAAUGCCAUGAGACAACCCGAUCAAGUUCAGGAAUAUAUGACAAUAUCCAAUGAAUCCAUGCAGGAACAUUACCAGCGAUUAGAGGAAGCUAAGAUGGCUUUGGAAGAGCAGCUUUGGAAGCUAAAGAGCAAGCAACCGACCACUCCAGUAUAUAAUAAUCCUAGAAAGCGACCUAGUCCAAACGUAAGCACCAGUCAAGCACAAUCUCCCGUCCCAACAGAAACCAAUCAGUCCAUGGUGAAUACCUUUUCGACUGCGACCAAAUCACCACGCAUAGAUCCAACCAAUAUGCAUCAGGAAUCACAACAACGUAUGUCGCCAGCUACACCAGCUUCCCUUAUGAAAAUGUCAAUUUCACCCACCUCGCGCGCAGCCAGUGGAAAGAAAAACAAAAAGCGAACAGGGUCCAAGACACCGAUCGCACCAGUCUCUGGGAUGUUACCUCCGCAAAUGCCCUCACCAUCCCUUCAACCGACCGUUUCAUCCUCUGGUAUCCGCCAGUUGCAUUCCACACCACCCAGUCUAAAGCCACGUCUGAAUUCUAUAUCCGCGUCACCACGAACACUAAAGCCUCUCUUGACGAGUCCUACCAUGACCCCCACAUUUGGGACCGCGUCCAAUGAAGAAGCCGCUCGAAUCCUGGCUGCCAAAUCCAAUUAUCAAAACCUGCGAGAAGGCAAAACGGCUGCCCUUGGCAUUAGCUUUUCACCUGGCAUUCACAGUGGUAUCGAAAUCAGAAGAUCAGCCCACAAAGCAGCUGAACAAAAGAGACGAGAUAACCUUAAAGAAUGGUUUGAUCGACUUCGAGUUGAAUUAGAGGAUGGCUAUUUUGACACACUGGAACACAUGCAAGAAGAAAGAGAACAAUCGAGAGAACGAAAGACCGAAGACUCCAAAAAGGCGCAUACCCCCAAGACAGAGAGAGACAAUGCCGACCAUAGUGAGGCCCAGGGUACUGGAGACUCUGAUAAAUCUCCUGAUGAUGAAGGCUCAGUUGGAUCUGGCACUUCCGGAGCCAAACAGCCCAUGUCCAAAGUGUUAUUGUUACAGUAUUCGUAUGAGUAUAUUGUUAAACUCAAGGGCGAGCUUCGAGAACGGGAUGACAAAAUCAAUGAUCUGGAAUCUACCAUGUCCAAACGGUGACAGAUGCGUCUGUCAGACGAAAAAAGCAAAUGACUGAAGUAAUUAGCGGUAUUCUUUCAGCUUAGUUUAGUCUUUGACUGAUUUUUCAAAUGUACAAAAAUAUAAAUGUGUUGUGAUGAGUGAUUAAUUAUCUUUGUUUUUAUUAUUACUUAAAUCUUAUAGUCGUCUUUUGAUUGUUCUGUCUUUGGAAUGUACGUAUC